AUUUUUUGUAAUAAUACAAUGGAAAAUUAUAUAUUGAAACUCAAUUCACAAACGAACAGAGGAAAAGGAAUCCGAGAAAAAAGAAUGGUGGCGAUAUCACUGUACAAAGGGAACUUCCACAAAGCGUCCGAUGUACCCCGCCGAUGGCCGCCACCGACCCCAAAGCUUUCGCUCAAAGACUUCAAGAUCCUCCUUCACCGUCGCGACAUGGCGCUCGCCCGCCUCCGCUCCUCCUCCGCCGAGGCCGAUAUCAAUGUCGCGACGACUUCAGGCCCUAGCACCGGCCGUAGCCCUAGCCCCGAGCCCAAUCGUGCUAAUACCGAUUCCAUUCAUGUGGAUAUCGCCGUGAAUAAAAUAGAUGGCGAAAAUCAUGCGGGCAAUAACUGUUCUGAACCUGAAUUGCUGCCAAAAGUGAAUUUAAAGGAGGAGGUUAUGAUAGAUGAGACAGAAGAUUCAUUGAAGAAAUUGAUGGAGGAAAGUGAUGCUAUGGUUGAGGAGCAGAAGAAUGAAGAGAAUGUCAAGGAUGAUGGCAAAUCGGAGGCUAUUGUGAAACCGGAGGGCGAGAAAAGCAAUUCGGAAAAUGGUAUAAGUGAUGCAGAGAAAAGAACCAAGGAGGUCAAAGAGAAGUUGGAAAUUUUGAAUGAGAAAAAACAUAGCUUGGUAAAAGUGCUGAAACAGAUUUUGAAUGCAGAAGAGCAGUUAAAGCGACAAAAUUGCACUCAAGGAAUUUCUGGUCUUCCACCAUCGCAGGUAGACACUACUAGCACCGAUUCUGGGUCAAUGAUUAAGGUCAACACCCCUAAAAUUGGCCCGGAUGGAAUUCCUUGUGGUAAUGUGGAGGGUGGAGAACCUGAUGAUGUUUCGAACCAUAAUGCGACUUCUCGCCACUUACCUCGCACGAGCAGUACUUCUCCAUCUUCUGGUUCUCAACAGCGGAAGCCAAACUCUACCAUGGCACCUCUUUCUUACCGAGCCACUACGGGCGUUGCCAGUAGCCCUUCACGAUUCGCACCCACAGGUCAAGGUCAAGGUCAAGGUCAAAGUCAAAGUCAAGGUCAAGGUCAAGGUCAAGUACAAUCCGCUCUUUCUGUCUCGGCCACGAGUUAUGUGGUGUCAUCUCCUUCUCCAGCUGCAUCAGGUGGUACCUCUAUCUUUAGAGAUGCCAGGCUCCCGAGCCCAUGGAAUUAGAAAAACAUCAAACUACCUGCAUUUUUUUUUAAGUAUUCGAACAACACGUAAUAUGCCAGUCGAAAGUUUGCGUGCAAUCAAUUUUAUGGAAAUAUUAUAUUUUCGUCAUUCGACCGGUCAUCUCCAUGUUAAUGUAUCAAACUAGGUUGAUGCUAUUGUACACGACGAGCAACCUCUUUGUGAUUUGAUAGAUGUGAAAUAUGAAUAAUCUGCGUUUAACUGUUAAAAUUAUAUUAGGAUUGGCUAAUGUUUUAUUUCCUUAUUCUAGUUUAUUACGGUGCUUGUGGUGGUUGAGGCCUUUAAUAGUCUAAUUAACCAAAUAGAGAUGGAUCUAAAAUGGACCAGACAUCCCAUGUUCUGAGCCAAUGGGAGGUGACUGAGAGACAUUUUUAUUACAAUUAUUAUAUUUUAUUUUGUUCAUUCUGGACAAAAUAGUUUGAUUUCCAAUACUCCUUUGGAAUUUUAGUCCUUUAUUUAUAUAUUGU